UCUGUGUGUCAGCGCAGCUCCGUCUGUGUAUUUCCGGGUGGUACGAGGCUGCUCCGGUAACAUCCCAGCUAGCAUCAGUUGGUUCAGCCUACCUCCUCCGCUGAGCCGCAACGAUAACCGGAGGCCCUGAUACAAAUUAAACCAAGCAGUUAUCGCCCGGGACAGCUCUACAGUUGAUGUCUUGUAGCUAAAAGCCAAAGCGGGGAGCAGCGGGUAGGAGCUAUGGCGGCGUCGCUUCUCUCCGAGACCGACAUCAGGCACCGGUCCAUGGCGGAGGAGGAUCCGAACGGCAACGAGCAUGGGGCGGCCGCACGCAGCGCGGCGCCUCGCUGGGGACCGCAGCACGCCGGGGCCCGACAGCUAGCACGGCUGUACUCGCCAGGUAAACGGCUCCAGGAGUGGGUGUGUGUGAUUCUGUGCCUCUUUCUUUUCAUCAUCAACUUCUCUUUCCUCCUCCUGCACUUCUCUACUGUUCACAUCUACAAGAUCGUCCUCGGCAUCGUCCUAGGAAUAGUGACGGCAGAUUUUGCAUCGGGGAUUGUACACUGGGGAGCAGAUACCUGGGGAUCUGUGGACAUCCCUGUUAUUGGCAAGGCAUUUCUUCGGCCAUUCAGGGAACACCACAUCGAUCCAACCGCCAUCACUCGCCACGACUUCAUCGAAACCAAUGGUGAUAACUGCAUGAUCCCCAUCCUCCCACUGGCUCACAUGGCCUACAAGUUCCUCACUUACACACCAGAGGCCUUGGCGGACUCCUACCCCUGGGACUGCUACGUCUUCGCCCUGGCGGUUUUCGUGACGCUGACUAAUCAGAUUCAUAAGUGGAGCCACUCCUACUUUGGCCUCCCACGAUGGGUCACGUUGCUCCAGGACUGGCAUCUGGUGUUGCCACGGAAACACCACCGCAUCCACCACGUGUCGCCACAUGAGACCUACUACUGCAUUACUACAGGUUGGUGUAACUAUCCUCUGGACCAGCUGAGCUUUUGGAGAUGGAUGGAGAGAUUAAUCGAACACCUUACAGGGCAGAAACCACGAUCAGAUGAUCUGGCAUGGGCAAAGAAAACUGACUUAUGAGCAAAUACACAGAGGGAUGAAUGGAGGGAUGGGCAUGCAGAUGGAAAUAAACACAAAUAGAAAUGAGGAGAAACAGACAAAUGCAUAUAAAUUUUACUCCUGUAUCUGUGCUUAUUGCUUUUUUUUUUUUUUUUUUGCUGAAGAGCAAACAUUCAAAGAAACUGCAUUUGCAAAAAAAAAAUAACAAAAAAACAAAAUCUAUCAAUGGUUCAAAUGAUUUAUAUACAUGUUGGAGACUGUGUUUUAACAACCUUUGAUUAUAGAAGACGAGUGAGGACAUAACUAGACGAGCACACGCUGCUGUAACACCCAUUCAUCUCGUGCGUUUGUAGGCCUGUUUAACCAAUGAGGUGUGGUGGUGUUGUUGGGGUGUGUAGGUGUAGGAGGUUUCUGGAGGUUGGGCUCUCCAGGAGUGACACCACGCUGCCUGUCGCAGGCAGCUUCUUACACCACACCACACACACAUGCACACGCAAACAAAUUUGGAAGUCAAACGUUCAGUCACUGUCUUCAUUGGAUUUCUUUUCUUUUCUUUUUUUUUAAUUAAAAGCUCCUUCAGGAAACAUCAUCACCUUCUUUUAAAUUCUGGUAACUGCAUUUAUACUCAUAAAGGUAAAAAUGUGAUGAUUGUGAAAUUUUUAAAUCAGGCCACAAAGUUACAAAUCCCAUCUUAUGUUCCUGUGUCUCAAGUAAGCUGAUCUCACAGGCAAAGCCACACUGUAAUAAACAGAUAAUACAUGCAUCCCUAAAAAUGGUCAAGAUGUAGUAAAACAAACCAUCUCAUCCCAUUGUGGUUAGUUUUUUAAAAGCACCUUCUUUUCACCCUCUAUGUGGGGAAACUAGAUCUUUUCAUAUGCAGAAUUUUCUCUUUGAUAUUUUUUAGUGACAGAAGUUUUGAUGCUGCCCAGCUUUUUUUUGUAGCUUUAGGAAUACACUCGUGCAUGUACACAUGUAAAAAAACAAAUCAGCAAUACUGCAAACACUGCUGAAAAACCCAUCAUUCAUGGUUAAGUCUUUAUAUGCUACUAAUUAGAGGCUGUUUAGCGGGCUUUAAUAUUUUAUAAAUCCACAAAUGAAGAAGGUGGUCAGACUUAUUUGUUGUCUCCCUCUGUAUGCACAGUUUUAGGAAAGCUCAGUAAAAGAAAACAAUUCCUGUCUUUUUCAACAGACCGUGGCCAUCUGAACUUCUCUGGAUGGACACAUUUGUAAAUGGUUGUUAAGCAAAUAGGUGUGAUGUAGGGGGCAAAUAUGAAGACUUCUUAGGAGUGGGAAGGGAAUUCUUUGAAAGAAUUGGUUUUGUUUUGUUAAAUGAGACAGUUGGUGGUCAUAUCAAAAAUAAAUUCAAGCUACAGUCAGCUAGCUUGGCAAAGUACCAAAAUGGAAAAUACUGAAGCAUUACAUUUAGUGAGCUCCAGCACUCACUAAAUGUAACAAAAACCCACCUUUAAACCUGACUAAUUAACAUUUUAUAUAAUGUGAAGAUCGUGUUACCUUUGGUCAGAGCCCAGCGAUCUACUGCUGCUAGUAUUUGUGCUAUGCUAAGCUAACUUUGCUAGUGAAGGUGGGUUUAUGUUUAGCAUCUCACUCAUAGCACAAAACUAAGUAAAAAUGUUUCCCUAAAAGGGGAUUAUUUCUUUAUUGUUAUGCAGGUCAUCAGAAAAAUUCAAAAAUUAGGCAAAAUGGGGAAAGUCUGAAUUUCAAUUCAAUUCAAUUCAAUUUUAUUUAUAUAGCACCAAAU